AUGUCUCCGUCAUUAUAUAGGAAUCGAAAUGUAGCCGGUUGGAAAGACUUUCGUAAGUUUUCGGGGUUAGAACAAAUUCAAAAGGCAUACGCUUCUGGGGAUUAUACAACUGCGAUCGAGAUUUUAAACUCAUUAUUGAAUGCUGGCCAAAAUUCUAACGGUGAACCUGGAGUUUCACACGAACACGUCCUCCUAGCCCGAGCAAUGUGUUUUCAACAACUUCGUGAAUUUGAACAUGUUCUCGCUGAUACUGUGGAGGUUGUCAGGGCGGUCAGUCCACCAAAUAAUUCUUCUCAGUCAAACGGAUCUUUAAACGGACUUAGUGACAAUUAUCAGUCUAUUGACCAAUACAUUUGUUGUCUAUUGGCGCUUUGGCUUCGAAGUCUGGCAUUUGAGGCUCUUGAAAAGUGGGAGCAGGCUAAAAAUGAUCUUGAAUUAUUAAAGACACUAAUCCUUGGAAAACCCAUAAAGAGUAUCAUGUCUGGCUCAGAUGGUGUCCUUUCUUCAAUUAUACCUAGUAUGGAUCCGUUGAUCGUCCUAUCAAAAUCUUCUCUUCCUACUAUUAAUACGCACUGUGUCGUCGAUCGCCUUCGCCGAAUCUCUGAUUUAGUUGCGAAAGAAAAUUCGCGUCGUAAUAGUGUAACUGAGGCGUUUCGUUUGAUUGACGAUGACUCGAGUGCUUAUAGCGACUUAGCAAAAAAAUUUCAUUAUCGUCUACUUCUCAGGCGACCAUUACAUCCAUAUAUUCAUUUAAAUAUGUGGUAUACAAUGGAUCUUAUGUUUGUUAGCGAAAUGGGCUUAUUCAAAAGGGAGGAUAUGUACGGUGUGGAGGGUUAUUCUCUGGGAAUCAAGAUGUUGGAAAUUGGAAACGAUGAUGCAAUUGACGAAUUUGAAGUCCAGGUCAGACCAAUGAGUCCUGAAGCAUGUGAAUGGAGUGGCUUAACUUCCACCGAUUGGGCUGGAGUGCAAAGUGGCGGUAAAGGUGGAUUGGAAUUUCGUAUUGUUCCCGCUAGUUCUCGUUCCAAUGCUUCUGAAAAUGGAUCUGAUGCAAAUAAUGCGCCCAUAUCUAGGGGCAGAAAUAAAAAGAAUAAUGGUAUCUCUUGUAUUUCGGCCGAAUCUCAAACUGUCGUUUCAGCGAAUGAUCCUAACUUACAAAUUUCUUCAUCUUUGUGGAGCUCUUCUCAUUCUUGGUCGUCUUCGCCACAAUGUCCACCUCAAUCCUCUAUGAAAACAAAAUGUCUUUGGAGUACUGAUGAAUACAUUAUUCAUAGUUAUCGAGCAUUUUUCCUCCCAAAUGGCAAACAUUUGAUUAUUAAAGAAUUGUGGGAUGUUGGUAUUCCUGGAAAAGUGUGGGAUUCUGCGUUUGUAAUGGUUAAAAUGAUUAGGGACAUGAUUCUUAAAGACCUAAAAUUGUUUUAUGGUAAAAGAAUUUUGGAUUUAUCAACAGGGACUGGUUUUGUUGGUCUUUAUUUGGCUGCCUUCAUGACCAGUCUGAAAAAGAUAGGAAUAAAGAAUGGUGUAAAGACACAUGUUAUCUUGACCGACUUGGAUCAUGCGUUAAACCUUAUCCGUGACAACUAUUCCCUGAACAAGGAUGUCUUGGAAAUGAUCAACAAUGUAUCGAUCGAAAUUGGGUCUUUGAAAUGGGGUGACACGUCGAAAGCCGAACAGCUGGAUGUUAUUGAUUAUGUGCUUGCUUCUGACGUUGUUUACGAACCCGAUCUAUAUCUACGAAUUGUGCAGAUGAUUUUAUAUACGGUAGGACCAUUGGAAAUUUGA